UUUGGCGUCCGGGCUUUGUUUCUGGCGGUGACCAGAAUAGGAAUUACAGGUGUACGGGUUUUGACCGGUUCUGGUGCCCUACUCAAAAAAGGAAAAGAAAAAACGAAAACGAUACAAACCAUGAGUUAAGGGCACCCUUUAUGGGACCGAAUAUUGGCGAAGCAUUAGACCGGCGGCAACGGAACUUGGGCGCACUUGGAGUCCACGGUUGGACCAAAACUAAUUAGAGCGCAUGAUGACUUUCACAUUUGAGGCACUGGUGAUCUGGGUUGAUCUUUUCUCCGAUUCCCCUUUCUACUCCUUUUUACCUUUCUUUUUUUACAAUCUGUUCGCAGCGAGAGAAUAUCUCCGACUCAAUCCUCGCGCGACGGGGGCUAUUGACCCCCUGUCGGCGAUUUUCUGUGUACCCGAUCUCCCACCUCUUUUCCUUACCAGCUUCUGCUAUAUACUUCAUUCUUCUUUUUCGUUGCCUUCAGUUGCAUUCAUUGUGCCUAUUCGAUGUAAUAUUUUUGCACACUCCUGUCAUUCUGCUGAUUGCAGAAACAUCCACCCCCAAUCCAUUUGUGCUGGCCACAUGUACAAUUUAAUACUAUCAAAUUUCCCCAAUCGUUGCCUCAUACCCCUGUGUGCAUCAUCCUAUUUCCUUCCACUCUUGUCGGUUGCAUCCACAUGUGCAUAAUACUUGUGUGCCAUUUGUGUUGAGCGUAUUGUUCGUUCUGCAACUUAGCUAGUAUAAUUGAUAUUUUGAACAUAUCACAA